ACUCUUUUUUCUGCGCGCGGGCAGACUCCACCCCCGACCGAUAGAACGGAAUCCGAACUGAACCCCUCUCAGCCAUAGAUUCUUCAGCUGAUUGCAGCUUGCUUCCGCCCCCACAACGGACACGACGCAAAUUCCGAUCGUGGCCGCAAUGUCAGAUCGGCACUUCGACGGGCGGAAGGCGCGGCUCCUCGCCGAUAUCGAGUCGCCAACCCCGGACUUAUCGCCAAAGGGCAGCAUCGACGUUCAGAUCGUGCCGCUGGUCUCACGGCUUAACUUGCAUGCAGACGUUGUCACCACCAGCUCAUGUAGCGGGCGCGUCAGCGUCUUCCUCGAGGGUGGUGACUCCGCAUCCCGAGUUAGCGGAAAGGGCGAGGGCGGAAGAUGGCUGUACGUCUCUCACGACCCGGUAGAUAUCGCCGGUCGAACCGAUUCGGAGUUGGCGGAUAUGAUGGUGGGCCCCGCGGGUGCUCGGAACGGCUCGCUCGUGCCGACUGCGGGAACCCGGUUUGUGCACUUUAAGUUCGAGACCAUGAUCCUGCACAUCUUGACCCGCGACCGCGAUACCGCCCAAGCCAUCUUAUCGACUGCGCUUGCCACUGGCUUCCGGGAAAGCGGCAUCAUGAACUCCUCGGGGUCUCCCAUGGUUGCCAUUCGCAGCAACGGCCUUGCCUUGGACUGCAUAGUCGCGGUGCUGGAUGCGGACGGUAAAGUGCAGAAGCUCGUCAGCGACGAGUACAUCGCUAUGUUGGUGCGGAUUGGUAACUUGAGAUUUGAGGAGAACGAUCACCGCAUUUCGAAGUUGACAAGGAAUCUGGAGGAUGCAUUGUUUAAAUCAAAAGAUGAGGGCGAAGGCACAGGUAAAGAGAAGACGUGGGAGGACAAGGAGGUGAGGAAGGCACGGAAGAAGGAAGAGGGAUUGAAGAGGCAGGAAGAAGCUCGAGUGGAGCAUGCGGUACUGGACGAGAGCGAUUUGCGUGGCAAGGUAGAUGGGGACGAAGAUGAACCGGUACUGAGCCGGUGGAUGGAGGCGGGGGUAGAAUAGAGAGGCGCGGUCCGUGCACGCAUAUUCUGUGAUCCAGACCGCUCGUCGUUCGUUGCCAUAAUACGGUCGGCUGUUCACGGGGGCUUGCCGGGAGAUGUAUAUCUGCUGCCCCUCCAUUCCUCCCGCGAGAUCAUGCAGAAUGUUGUCAUACUGUUUAGCGCGUUCGUAUCGCACAUACAUGAUAAAGCACUCGGCCGCUUUGUCCCGAUGAGAUAGAAUAAAGCUUCUGCGGGUAUUAGUAGCGAGAGAAAUCGAAUGAGGUG